AUGGACCCGGAUCGGAGCCAUCUCAUCCUACUCCGCUUUGAUGAUGGAGAUCGCAAUAGACGCGAAACCCCUUGGUGGAAACCGAGGGUAGACGGAAAUUCACGAGUCAUUGCAUCCGUUGAUUGUCCACUGAGCUGGAAUCCGAUCCAUGUGAAUUACAAGAACCAACGAGGCGUCGGAUGGACGACGGAGAUGCUGUUCAAGCUCAAACGCGAUGUAUCGAACCAUUUGGGCCUAAAGCCGCAUUUU